AUGACAGAGGAGUCCUACGUGUACGGUGUGGAGCUAAGAUCACCUCCACCGACAACCGUAGCGCAACAGCUGACCCAGUACGAACGUUUUCUCAAGAGCAGAGCUAUGUCAAAUCAAUUUCCGACCGCUCGUCAAUAUCAUCCUCACCAGCAGCAGCAGCAAGCCUUCUCGCCGGCACCGCCCGGUUUGCCGUCGUCCCUGUUGGUGGACUACGCCUCGUCGCUGAACCAAAGCUCAUCCAAUCUGACAAGCUCCAUUGGGGAAAUCCUCCGGCAGAACAUCAUCACCGAAUGGACGCUGCGGGAGGGUGCAACAACGAUAAUCGUAGCAACUGUCGGCAGUGCAGCCACCAGCACCGCAGCCAGUACUGCCGCCGGUUCCAACCGAACCACUGGUGGUGAUUCAACGAUUCAAAACAAUUUGAUUAUUCCGUUGUAUGCAACCAUUUUCCUGCUGUCGGUUGUUGGCAAUUUACUCGUAAUCCUCACGCUGGCACAGAACAAGCGGAUGCGUACCGUCACCAAUGUGUAUCUUCUCAAUUUGGCUAUAUCCGAUCUGCUGCUUGGCGUGUUCUGCAUGCCGUUCACCCUCGUCGGCCAAGUGCUGCGAAAGUUCGUCUUCGGUGCCAUCAUGUGUAAGCUGAUACCUUACUUCCAAGCCGUCUCGGUGUCGGUUGCCGUGUGGACGCUGGUGGCAAUAUCCUUGGAGCGCUAUUUCGCCAUCUGCCGGCCGCUGUCGUCCCGUCGUUGGCAGACGCAGUUUCAUGCCUACAAGAUGAUCACCAUGGUGUGGCUACUUAGCUUCCUAGCUAAUGCACCCCUCUGCUACGUUCAGCGGUUACAGCCGGUUCAUCGAAAUGUAAUCCACACCGCCUCGGCUGGCACGUCGAUGAAAUGUCGAGAGAUGUGGCCGGAUCGGACCUACGAGCGGGCGUACGUGCUUUUCCUAGACGCCGGGUUGCUGGUGUUUCCACUGCUGACGAUGGGAUUCGCAUAUUGCAUGAUUGUAUCCAAACUGUGGCGUGGGUUGAGGCGCGAAAUUUCCCACACGGCAUACCAAAAACAUAAACGUAAGUACAAAACUUUACAAAAGCUGCUCGUACAGAUAAACAAUUCAACAAAAGAGUCCCCAAGUGGCCUCAUCGUUGACAGCACUUUCAGCACCGCAAUCGGAAAAAAAUCAAUAGCUUCCAGGACGGAAAACUCCUGCUAUCUACUGACAACGACACCAAACGUUGGCUCUUCCAACCGGGCAACAGGCCACUGUACAAAACGUAACAACGGCUCGUCGGCGGGAAAAUUUGUCACCGAGAAUUGCCCGUGGGCGGGAAACCUAUACUCCAGUGAACGACCUGCCACGGUAAUCGGCGUCAGUGCCAAAAGCAAUAACAACAACAAUAACUAUUGCUAUGUCAAUAACGUAAUACAGCACCCGGUGGCACUUGGUGGCAGUGGUUCGUCUUCCUCGACAGCUGUCAAGCGACCAGCAUCAUCAUCAUCAUCAUCAUCAUCAACCAGAUUCCGAUUUCUACGUGAUUUUAUGAAGACCCGUCGCCAAAGAGGAUCCAACCAUACAAGCGUGCCAAAAUCGAACAAUUUACCAUUAAACAAACCGAAAGGAAUGUUCGCUUCUUCUCCGAACCGUCUGCAGACGCUAACCUGUAGCACAGCGAAUGGCAAUCUGUACAGCAACAAUAACAUCUACAGCGUUACCACGGAGACGACCCUAACCGAUCGGGCAGCUAGUACAACCGUUACGGCCGGAAGCUCUUCGACGCUGGGCUUGCGCCGGCAUGCGUCGACCGCUGAAAUUGGAUCAUUAACGCCGGAACCACCGAUGAAGCAUCGCGAACUUCCGAUAGAAAAUCUUGUAGAAGAUUCAUAUAUAGCGGCCACGUCCCUGUCGCGGCAUGCCAUACGAUCGACGUACAUGGACAAAAGUAUCGAAGCGAAGAAAAAGGUGAUUCGGAUGCUCUUCGUCAUUAUUGUCGAAUUUUUCGUCUGCUGGGCUCCUCUGCAUAUUCUCAACACGGUGUAUCUUUACGCACCCGCUUCCGUCUACAAAUAUGUCAACAGCAACGGUAUUGCCCUGGUGCAGCUAAUGGCCUACAUCAGCUCCUGCUGCAAUCCGAUAACCUACUGCUUCAUGAAUCGACGAUUUCGACAGGCAUUUCUCAACAUAUUCGGCUGCUAUCAGCAUCGAGCAAUGCUGUGCUUAUUGUGCUGCUUCGGAACCGACGACGACGCACCGAAUGCCGAUCCCAACUCCGGUGGUUCCCGCGCCAUACCAGGCAACUCCUGUGGUACAGCGGGAGCAAAUAAUUCCGACGUAUCUGGAAAUGAUUCCAUCACCUACGUGGGUCGUAGCAUUGUUCAACGUUCCGAAAUCAUGGUGCUAGAAUCCGAGGAUCGGGUUUAG